UUAAACUAGGUUAUAAAGUCAACACAGAAUUUUUAAUUCUAUUAAUAUUAUUCCUUAAAUAAAGUUUAUCAAGUUAAAAGUUUUAAUAGAAAAGUAAUAAAUAUGGCCCUUAAUCCACAAUACGUCGAUAUAGGAAAAGGAUUUGUUGCACAAUAUUACGCAUUGUUUGAUGAUCCCAAUUCGCGCAAUUCACUAGUUAAUAUGUAUAACAAUGAGCUCUCGUUUAUGACAUUUGAAGGUCAACAAAUUCAAGGAGCUCCAAAGAUAUUGGAAAAACUUCAGAGUCUCACAUUUCAAAAAAUUGAACGUAUCAUCACAGCCAUAGAUUCCCAACCAAUGUUUGACGGUGGAGUAUUAAUAAAUGUUUUAGGGCGUUUGAAGACGGACGAGGACCAACCUCAUGCCUAUAUCCAAACAUUCGUACUAAAGCCAGCAGGCGGUAGCUUCUAUUUGCAGCACGACAUCUUUCGUUUAGCUUUGCACGAUCAAGCUUAAAUGUUUGAUGGAAUCAACGAUUUUUAAAGUCAAUGAAAAAAAAAAAAUAAAACUCAGCAAGAAAAAUGAGUAAAUGAAGGAACAACGUCACAUCUUUUUUUGCCACACGAAAAAAUUUAACUAAUCUUUACAUUAUUAACAUUUCUUAUUUGUUUUGCAAAAUCGAAAAUUUCAAGUUGUAUCCAAUUUUUUUCAAGCAUAAUGUGAAUAAAGAAGGAUUUAAAUUUUUCAAAAAA